AUGUGGAACUCCCUCCCAGUAAAUAAUCCACUUGGAUCUCGAUCUCCAUCCACUGUGAUUAAUGAAGAAGGAAAAGUUAGAUCAAGAGAAGUAUCUGCGGCAUCCAAAAGUUGUUUGAUCUCGUUGGUUUCCAACGAAACAAUCUCAAAUCCUUUGGAACAUCCAACGCACAACUUCGUCUUGAGGAAGUUGAUAGAAACGGGCUCAGAGUUAAAUGAAACAUCCUUGGUCUCGCUUGAAAACUUUCUUUUCUGUCUUUUCUGGUUCACAGGAUCAAUAGGCUCGAAAAUUCUGAUCAAAUUAGACGACGAUUUUGCAGCGCAAACAAGCAUUCGUCCCGCGCAAACUCCAGUCUUGUAA